UCAUAUACGCAUUUUAGUCGUACCUUGUGCUUUGUAACCGUUAAAGUCGGCGGCGUUGUCUAUAUUCGUGUCAGAACAUUUAUAUUGUGUCUUCAGAUUUCGCGACAAGAGCCGAAAAAUAAUAAUGUUCCUCACAAGAUCCGAGUAUGACAGAGGUGUGAACACAUUCUCACCAGAGGGACGUCUUUUCCAAGUAGAAUAUGCAAUUGAAGCAAUCAAGUUGGGAUCAACUGCCAUUGGAAUCCAGUCAAAUGAAGGCGUGGUCCUGGCUGUAGAGAAAAGGGUCACCUCGGUCUUGAUUGAGCCAUCCAGUAUUGAGAAAAUUCUUGAAGUGGAUGAUCAUAUUGGUUGUGCCAUGAGUGGAUUGAUAGCCGACUCAAGAACAUUAAUAGACAAGGCCAGAGUUGAAGCUCAGAACCACUGGUUCACAUACAACGAGAAGAUGUCAGUGGAGAGUGUAACACAGGCGGUCAGUAACCUGGCGCUGGCAUUCGGAGAUGAUGACUCUGAACAGACUGUCAUGAGUCGUCCAUUCGGAGUUGCUUUGCUGUUUGCAGGGAUUGACAAGGAUGGUCCACAGUUAUACCACAUGGACCCAUCAGGCACCUUCAUCAAGUACGAUGCGAAGGCCAUUGGUUCUGGUUCAGAAGGGGCACAGCAGGCGUUGCAGGAUGUCUAUCAUAAGUCGAUCACCCUGAAGGAGGCAUGUAAGAGUGCUCUCACCAUUCUCAAGCAGGUUAUGGAAGAGAAACUAAACUCCACCAAUGUCGAGAUGGCCACUGUGACACCUGAACAGAAAUUCCAUGUGUAUUCCAAAGCCGAACUGGAGGAAGUCAUUAAGGACAUAUGAGUGUGGGGUACACCAUCAUUUGUGUUGGAUCAUUGCUGACCAAUCUUCAUGAAUGCAGAUGUUGUCAGAAAUUUUCUUUGGCACAAAUUUGCCAGAAAUAGCUUAAAUUUGAACAUUAUUUUGAUGUGUUUAUUUUUAGUUUUUAGAAAUGUCUGGUUGUAUUUAGGAUAUUAACAACAACCAUGACUGUGGUUUAUGUUUCUAUCAAAAUAAUUGUUUCUAUUAAAAUAAUUUUACAGAAGUCUUAACUAAAGUCAUAACUAUUGUUGAAGAUCCCCAGUUACUGAGAUAAUUAUUUCAGUGGUUUGUCUUAUUUAAGCUGCAUAGAUAUGGUCAGAAUGGAUACAAAAGUGCUCUUUUUAAAUAACAUAUGUUGAUUUAUUUAUGUUCGUAUGCAAACAAAUAAAUUGUAAAAAUAUAUAA